GCAAAGAAAGCGGACAAGAAACUGGUCGCCAGCAACAAGGCGUUUCUUGACCAGCAUCGGUUAGCCUUGCUGGCGGUGUGGGCUGUGUUCAUUCUGUUCAAUUAUGUGUUCGGCUUCUCCAACAUCCGGAUUAGUGAUAUAGUAAGUACAUUGCCUCGCUAA